UUGGUGAGGCGUGGCGGCUUACAGCGGGAAUAUGGAGGUGUGCAUGCUUAGUGUGCACAGUUACUAGCAAUGUAUGUAUCGCAAUGUUGUAUAUGCAGUAAAAAAUAUUGUGUGCAGAGAAAAGUAAGCAAAUAUGAAGUAUUACACGUAUAUUUGGUCCUUAAAUAGUGAUGGCCAUGACUGACCGGGAAAGAAGCUCAUUUUGGCGUUAUGGCGUAUUGAGAUAUUGUUAGUGUGUAAAUAGAUGGAAAAUUUAAUGUUUCUUAUACCUUGCUACUGAAAGUGCAGUAAACAUAGCGAGUUAUGCUAUAAUGGACAUGUAUCCGGUCCUCAACACAACGUACUCUGGUGAUCCACAGGUUCACGUGGAGGAGAUAUCGAGAUUAAAAUGGUGAACAGAAAAGUCUGACUGAGUGUUUAGCAGUGGAUGAGAGAUGAAUUAAGGAAAUGGUUGGCAUGCCAAGGAAUGUUUGAUGGGCGUGUCCCACAGAAUUAAAUGGAGGUGCUCCUUUGUGAAGGGUCACACCAUAUCACUCCCCGUGAUGUUCUCCUUUGUAAAGGAUCGCACCAUAUGACUUCCCUGCCUCUCACCACUGUCAGUAAGGAAUACAUUUCAGGUAUUGUAAAAGUCCCCAGAAUCCUCUGCAUCUGGGGAGGAGCCUGGAGUGGACACUUCCCCAGCCACAGACCAUGCUGGUGUGAGGCAGCAGCCUGAGGUGCUCCUUUGUGAAGGGUCACAGUGUAUCACUCCCCUGCCUCUCACCACUGUUGGGAAGGAAUGCAUUUCAGGCGUCCCCAACCCCUCCCGCCCUGAGUGAACACACCCCCAGACAAAACCUCUAAGGGGGCCAAGGGGAAGGAAGCAGCCCAGGCCCUUUCCAAUGCUGAGAGAGAUGCAGCCAGCAAGGAGGCAAGCGGCUCAUCUGUCAGUGUGCGCCUACCAUACCCACAGCCAUACCAACGGAGGGCCAACGACACCCAAGUCUAGCCGCAGGAACAAAUGUAAUGUGGUGACAAGUAGUGAGGUCACCACUGAAUCUGACACACCUGCUGAGCCUGACCUGGUGUCUUUCUGUGCUACCCUGGGCAACAACCGAGCCCUGCGAGUCCCUACCCUCUUCAAGCCAGACGGGGACUACCAGACUGUGGCUGACAUGGUGGGUGGCAGUCACUCCAUUACAGAGUCAACCACCAGUCACGAGGAAAGUUUGGACGAGGCCAGAAGUGCGUCAUCCCACCGCAGGUCACGGGGACAGGAACUGCAGGCCAGGCAGGGUCACCGUCCCUCCCACGGCGACCCGGAUUAUAGCUAUGCUCACCCUGUGAAAAAGCAGUACCUUCCCCCACCCCUCCACUGUCCUCCACUGACAGCAACAGGUGUAUGAGUUAGUGAUAGUGAGGUCACUGACAGACAGACUCGCCAAAUUGUUCAUUAGUAAAAGUUCCAUGGCCACUAAGUUUGUAAUCUGCUUCUGUGUUUGUAUCUUUCCAGCCUUUUUAUUCAUUGAUGUACACUUUUGCCUUUUACUGCUUCCUCCUGUAAUCCAUUCUAUAUCUUUAAAUAUUUACAUGGAAAGAUAUGUUUGCAUUAUUUGGACAUUCUCUCUCUCUCUCUCUCUCUCUCUCUCUCUCUCUCUCUCUCUCUCUCUCUCUCUCUCUCUCUCUCUCUCUCUCUCUCUCUCUCUCUCUCUCUCUCUCUCUCUCUCUCUCUCUCUAAUAUUGAGGUUCAUCUCUUGUCCAUAACAAAAGGGCAUUUCUGUCUGGUUCCUCAGGUUGGUUGACUAACCCUAAAGCUGCAGGGGUUUUCACACAUUUCUCCAUUCCAUAUGUCUCUACUCCUUUGUGGAAAGAUGUGUGUUAUUUAGGCAGCUCUCUUCUGUCCAAGUUUCUUUUCAUCUUUAUCAUCAUGUGUCAAGUCAUCCAGUUCUGGCACUAUCUUAGUGGCUGUUCUUUGUAUUCUUUCCAAUCUCUACAUGAAACAUCACCGAAUUAAUUAAGCUUAGCAGAAAUUAUGUGAUGUGCCCUACUGAUGCUGGUGUGAAGGCGAGGUGUUUGUAGUGAGCCGUGUGAUGCCUUCCCCAGUGCUGAAUAUGGAGAGAGCAGCCAGGCGACACCAUACACUGGAGUUUUCUGAGGAGGAGUGCGACCACCCCUCCAUCAAGCAAGCAGGAGUGGAGCCUCUGGAGCAGCUGAUGGCUGACCUGGAGCUGGAGAAGAUUGUUCAGGAUGCCAGCAAGACAGCUCUUUGACACUUCCAGUAGUGGUAGAAGCCUCCCAUCACAACCCUCACUCCUCUGCCAUUGCUGACCACAACACUGAGGCUGUAUUCUUCAGGACCUGAUUGUUGAUUGGACUUGAGGCUUCCCUGCUUGGUAACACUACUCUUAAACACAGUGGGCUUUCACUGCAACAAUCUCCAAGGUUUACAGAAAUGAUUAGUCAGGUUCCCCCUGGAUAUUUUUCUCACUAGUGGAAAAUCCUUUUUUAAAGUAUCAUUAGAAUCAUGAAAAUCCAAUAACUUCUACUUCAUCCAGUUAAGUGUUAUUAAGAUACAACACCAAAGUGUUUGAGAAUACAGAGCCACAGUUGGCUUAUUGCUUUGAUCUGUGGCUGAGUGUGUGAACUGGUGUCCUGAGUUCUGCAUCAGGCUGUUGGUGCUUCACAGAGAGGUGGCAGCUGCUGGGUGAUGAAGGUUGAGGCUUCCAGCCAUGCAUACACCCCUCAGCUUCAUGCAGGGAGGUGCACUAUGGUGUUCUUGUCAAGCUUGCUUACACAAGUUGCUGUUGUUGUGUCCACACUUGCCUCAUACAAGUAAUAAGUGAUUCUCAGUGAGUGUUGUGUUGUGGUGGUGCAAGAUGCUGCUGAGGCUGGAGUUUUGUCCCAUUGUGUUGUUGGUUGGUUAACUUCCAAAGUAGAGCACUUUCUGACUCUCUUCCCUUUUGCAGAGACCUGCAUUCUCGGAGUCUUCAGUGUUCACCACCAGCUUUGGCUUUCCUCUCCCUUCACUGACCAUCCUGGCAAACUGGCCUUUAAUUAACUUUGAUAUCCUCCAUGACCAAGAGCAGUCGGUGCAACACCCUACUUGUAUUCCUGACCAUCUUGGAGAUACGCCCAACAUUCUUGACCUCUAAUCCUUAUGCUGUCACCUUAUUUUCUCCAUUGGGCUCCUCUGAUCACAAUCUCAUAUCUGUAUCUUGUCCUGUCACUCCACUCCCUCCUCAGGAUCCCCCUAAGUGAAAGUGGCUCUGGCAUUUUGCCAGAGGCAUUUUGCCUCUGUUAUGUGCUGAGCACAUAACAGAGGUGAUAGUGUCUGGCAUGGAGGCGAACAUUCCUCACUUUUUUUCUUGACCUAAACCUUCCAAACCUUGGUUUAACACAGCUUGUUCUUGUGCUGUACAUGAUAGAGAGGUGGCUCACAAAAGGUACUUGAGCCUUCCAUCACCAGAAUCUCAUGCACUUUAUAUUUCUGCCCUGAACCAUACCAACUCUGUUCUUCAAAAAUCAAAAUCUUUAAAGAUCUAACUCCCUUCAUGACUUCUUGCAUCUAGCCAAAAAACUUCUCUAAUAACUUUGCUUCUUCAUCUUUCCCUCCUUCAUUUCAACCUGAUGGCAUCACUGCCAUCUCAUCUAUUUCUAAAGCUGACCAUUUGCUCAAAUCUUUGCUAAAAACUCUACCUUGGAUGAUUCAGGCCUUGUUCCUCCCUCUCUUCAACCUUCUGAUUACUUCAUGCUACUUAUUAAAAUCCUUCGCAGUGAUAUUUUCCAUGCCCUCACUGGCCUAAACCCUCGGUAGGCUUAUGGACCUGAUGGGGUCCUUACUUUUGUUCUUCAAAACUGUACCUCCAUGUUUGCACCUUGCCUAGUCAAAGUCUUUCAGCUCUGUCUGUCAACAUCUACCUUUUCUUCUUGCUGGAAGUUUACCUACAUUCAGCCUGUUCCCUAAAAAGAGUGACCAUUCUAAUCCUGCAAACUACCAUUCUAUUGCUUUAAUUUCCUACCUAUCUAAAGUUUUUUUAAUCUAUCCUCAACAGGAAGAUUCUUAAACGUCUAUCACUUCACAACCUUCUAUCUGAUCACCAGUAUGGGUUCCAUCAAGGCUGCUCUGCUGGUGAUCUUCUCCCUUUCCUUACUGAAUCUUGGUCAUACUCUUUAAAGAAUUUUGGUGAAACUUUUGCUGUUGCCUUAGACAUAUCAAAAGCUUUUGAUCAAGUCUGGCACAAAGCUUUGAUUUCCAAACUACCUUCCUACAGCUUCUAUCCUCUGUAACUUCAUCCCAAGUUUCUUUUCUGACUGUUCUAUUGCUCCUGUGGUAGAGGGUCACUGUUGUUCUAAAUCUACUAACAGAGGUGUUCCCCAGGGUUCUGUCCUGUCACCCACUCUUUUCCUAUUAUCCAUCAAUGAUCUAAAUCAAACUUCUUGUCCUCUCCACUCCUAAGCUGAUGAUACCACCCUGCACUUUUGGACAUCUUUUCAUAGACAUCCAACCCUUCAGGAAGUAAACAUUUCACACUGGGAAGCUAGAGACUAUCUGACUUCUGAUUUUUCAAAAAUGUUUCUGAUUGGGGCAGAGCAAACUUGGUAUUGUUCAAUGCCUCAAAAACUUAAUUCCUCCAACUGUCAACUCAACACAGCCUUCCAGACAACUAUCUCCUCUUCUUCAGUGACACUCAACUGUCCCCCCCUUCUACACUGAACAUCCUCGGUCUGUCCUUUACUUAAAAUCUAAACUGGAAACUUCACAUCUCAUCUCUAGCUAGGACAGCUUCUAUGAAUCUAGCCAUUCUGAGACAUCUCUGCCAGUUUUUCUCACCCUCCAGCUGCUAACUCUGUACUGGGCCUUUAUCUGUCUAUGUAUGUAGUAUGCUUCACAUUACUGGGGGGGGGGGGUUCCACUCAUACCACUAUUUUAGACAGGGUGGAAUCAAAAGUUUUUUGUGUUAUCAAUUUUUCUCUUACUGACUGUCUUCAGCCUCUUUUUCAUCACCACAAUGUUGCAUCUCUUGCUAUCUUUUACUGCUGUUUUCAUGCUAACUGCUCUUCUAAUCUUGCGAACUGCAUGCCUCCCCUCCUCUUGCCCCUCCUCCUGCAACCUUGCAGCACAAGACUUUCUUCUUUCUUUCAUCCCUAUUCUGUCCAUCUCUCUAAUGCAAGAGUUAACCAGUAUUCUCAAUCAUUCAUUCGCUUUUCUGGUAAAUUCUAGAACUUCCUGCUUGCUUCUGUAUUUCCUCCUUUCUGUGACUUCAACUCUUUCAAGCAGGAGGUUUUAAGACACCUAUCCUUCAAAUUUCAAUGAUUCUCUUGACAUCUCUUUCAGGACUGACCCCUCAGUGGGAUCUUUUUUCCUCUUGUUUCCCUUGGCCAGUGAGCCUUAAAAAAAAAAAGUCAUGUGUACAGUCCUUGCCUUACACCUCUUCUUGUAUUCUAUUCUAGGAGUUAUGAAGCAGUCCUAGCAAGUCUUAGUUAUGAAAUAUGUCAUAGCUAGGACAGAAUGGAGCAUUCUUGUCUUAAAUCCACAUGGGAUGGUAAGACUGAGUCCACCCUGUCUUAGCAGCUUAUGACAGAUGCUCCUGCUACCAAGAUGGCCACCCACAACCACCCCAGCUUAGGAAUUAUUUACCCAGAUAGGAUAUAUUGUAUGAAUUUAUGACACAGAACUCAUCAAAAGAUACUGUGUAGAUCAUGCAGGUAUUCUCUCUGUCACCGAUCUAGUAAGAGAAGCCUUAUAGAGUGACGCAGAAAGGAGCAACCCACUUACCUCUGAAAUGAAGGUGACCAUAACACUUAGAUAUCUUUCUGCUAGGAAGAUACAGGUGUGCAGCAGUGAUGGCCUUGGGGAUUGUUGAGAGAGCCAGCCUUGCCACCAAACCACUUGAAAACUGUUUACAUUGAGGCACUGCUACGGGAUCAUAUUUGCCACAUUUCACACGUCUCAAAGACUGAAUUACAUUGAGGCACUCCUACGGGAUCAUGUUUGCCACAUUUCACACGUCUCAAAGACUGAAUUACAUUGAGGCACUCCUACGGGAUCAUGUUUGCCACAUUUCACACGUCUCAAAGACUGAAUUACAUUGAGGCACUCCUACGGGAUCAUGUUUGCCACAUUUCACACAUCUCAAAGACUGAAUUACUAUUUUACCCACUAUUCAGUGUCUCUUCCUCCAAUACAUAAAAACACAGGAAAUAUUUAUAGAAGCUGUUAAUUAGCAGUACUAAAUGGCAGAUUUUGCUUCAUCUUUUAGUAUUUGAAAUGAAGUAGCACUACACAUAGCAGACGGUGAUGAUUGAUGGUGUGUCAAGUUACAUGUCUUGCUAUCCUGCUGUGUCCUUUUUCCUCAUUUGCUCCUUGGACCUUUCCACUAUACCCAAGGUGGUGUCAAGAUACACUUUUGGAAUCAGUAUUUUAAAUACCUGAGAGAUGUAUUCCUCAAAAAAUAAGCCAAAGUAGCCUUCUGCUGCAGUUUUGCUGGGCAGCUGAAGUAACACCAUACAAAUGAGGGUUAAACAAAUUGUCCACUAAUAAUGUACUGCACAAAUAAGGCAUUUAAUUACCAUAUUAAUCAACUGUAAUACAAACCAUUGAAAAGUAUGGCUCAUAUGCUAAAUGUACAUACAAUGUUCAUAGGUAUGUACAGGAGAACAAAACUGAAUACAUGUUAACAUGAAUGAGUGGCAACAGUUAUUCACCAAUGGGUGAUGUCAUCUGUAAGAUGCAUGAGUUCAGAAACUAAUGCCCACUGCUAAAACUUCACAUAAUGCACCCACAGCACCAAUGAAUCCAGAGGCCCCAGCAACACCAGCAGAUGAGGGCUGGAUGACUGUAACACCACUGCUGGUGGGUGGAUGGCUAUGGUCCUCACAGAGGGCCAGACUCUCCUGGAAAGUGGGAAAAAAAGAAAUACAGGGAGGGCUUUUUUUUUUUUUAUGUAGGAGGGACACCACGGAAAAAAAAUAAUGAUAAAAAAAAAAAAAAAACAAACUGAGAUGCCAAAAAAACAAAAACAAACAAACUGAAAUGCCAAUCCCUGAACAAGAUCCGAAGUAGUAGUCAAAAAAUUGAAGCACAAGCAUGUUAAAACCUCCCUCUUGAAGGAAUUCAAGUCACAGGAAGGUGGAAAUACAGAAGCAGGAAGGGAGUUCCAGAUUUUACCAAAGAAAGUGAUGAAUGAUUGAGAAUACUGGUUAACUCCUGCAUUAGAGAGAUGGACAGAAUAGGAGAGAGAGAAAGAAGAAAGUUUUGUGCAGUGAGGCCGUGGGAGGAGGGGAAGGCAUGCAGUUGGCAAGACCAGAAAAGCAGUUAGCAUGAAAAUAGUGGUAGAAGACAGCUAGAGAUGUAACACUGUGGCAAUGAGAAAAGAGGCUGAAGACAGUCAGUUAGAGGAGAGGAGUUGAUGAGAUGAAAAGCUUUUGAUUCCACCCUGUCUAGAAGAGCAGUAUGAGUGGAACCACCUUAGUCAUGUGAAGCAUACUCCAUACAUGGAUGGAUAAGGCCCCAGUACAGAGUUAGCAGCUGGAAGGGUGAGAAAACUAGUGAUGUCUCAGAACACCUAACUUCAUAGCUGUUUUAGCUAGAGAUGAGAUGUGAAGUUUUCAGUUUAGAUUGUAACUAAAAGACAGGAUGUUCAGUGUAGAAGAGAGGGACAGUUGAGUGUCACUGAAGAAGAGGGGAUAGUUGUCUGGAAGGUUGUUUUAAAUUGAUAGAUGGAGGAAUUAAGUUUUUGAGUUACUGAACAAUACCAAGUUUGUUCUGCCCCAAUCAGAAAUUUUGGAGAUAUUAGAAGUCAGGCGCUCUGUGGCUUCCCUGUGUGAACUGAAGGGUUGGAUGUCUAGAGACAUGGAAAAGUGCAGGGUGGUAUCAUCAGCUUAGGAGUGGAUAGGACAAGAAGUUUGGUUUAGAAGAUUAUAGAUGAAUAAUAGGAAGAGAGUGGGUGACAGGACAGAACCAUGAGGAACACCAUUACUAAUAGAUUUAGAAGAACAGUGACCAUCUACCACAGCAGCAAUAGAAUGGUCAGAAAGGAAACUUGAGAUGAAGUUACAGAGAGAAGAAUAGAAGCCAUAGGAGGGUAGUUUGGAAAUCAAAGCUUUGUGCCAGACUCUAUCAAAAGCUUUCGAUAUGUCCAAGGCAACAACAAAAGUUUCACCAAAAUCUCUAAAAGAGGAUGACCAAGACUCAGUAAGGAAAGCCAAAGUAUCACCAGUAUAGCAGCCUUGACAGAACCCAUACUGGUGAUCAGAUAGAAGGUUGUGAAGUGAUGAAUGUUUAAGAAUCUUCCUGUUGAGGAUAGAUUCAAAAACUUUAGACAGGCAGGAAAUUAAAGCAAUAGGAUGGUAGUUUGAGGGAUUAGAAUGGUCACCCUUUUUAGGAAUGUAGGCAAACUUCCAACAAGAAGGAAGGUAGAUGUUGACAGACAGAGUUGAAAGAGUUUGACUAAACAAGAGCAAGCACAGAGGUGCAGUUUCAGAGAACAAUAGGAGGGACUCGUAUAAGGUCCAUAAGCCUUGUGAGGGUUAUGCCAGUGAAGGCAUGAAGUAGUCAGAGGGUGGAAGAGAGGAAGGAACAAGGCCUACAGUAGUGCUUUUAACAAAGGUGAAGAGUUCAGCUUUAGAGAUGGAUGUGAUAGUAGUGCCAUCUGGCUGAAAUAAAGGAGGUAAAAAAGAAGAAAAGUUAUUGGAGAUAUCUUUGAUUAGAUGCGAGAAGUCACGAGGGGAGUUAGAUCUUGAAAGACUGACACUUUCUAUCAAUGAAGAAGUUUUUGGCUAGUCAGAGAAUACACUUGGCAUGGUUUUUAGCAGAAAUAUAAAGCACACAAAAUUUUGGUGAUGGAAGGCUCGAGUAAUUUUUGUGGGCCACCUCUCUAUCAUGUAUUGCACAAGAACAAGCUGUGUUAAACCAAGGUUUGGAAGGUUUAGGUCAAGAAAAACAGUGAGGAACGUACGCCUCCAUACCAGACACUAUCACCUCUGUUAUGCAAUCAGCACACAGACACAGGUCUCUGACAAGGAAGCAGUGGUCAUUCCAAGGAAAAUCAACAAAAUACCUCCUUAGGUCCCCCCAACUAGCCGAGACAAAAUGCCAGAGGCACCUACACUUAUGGGUAUCCUGAGGAGAGACUGGAGCAAUAGAACAAGAUACAGAUAUGAGAUUGUGAUUGGAGGACUCCAACGGAGAAGAGAGGGUGACAGCAUAAGCAGAAGGAUUAGAGGUUAGGAAAAGGUCAAGAAUGUUAGGCAUAUCUCCAAGAUGGUAAGGAACACAAGUAGGGUGUUGUACCAAUUGCUCUAGGUUGUGGAGGAUAGCAAAGUUGAAGGCUAGUUCACCAGGAUGGUCAGUGAAGGGAGAGGAAAGUCAAAGCUGGUGGUGAACAUUGAAGUCUCCAAGAAUGGAGAUCUCUGCAAAAGGGAAGAGAGACAGAAUGUGCUCCACUUUGGAAGCUAAGUAGUCAAAAAAUUUCUUAUAGUCAGAGGAAUUACGUGAGAGGUAUACAGUACAGAUAAAUUUAGAGAGUGACUCUGUAGCCAGAUGGUGGAAAACUCAGAAGAUUCAAGAGCACAUAGACACCCUCCCUCCCACCACCUUUCCCUCCCUGUCAGGGACUGGCAGUUCUGCAAAUGCUGUUAGUGACAGCAUCCGUAGGACAACAGUGUAGGUGGUGUCCUCUGGAGGUCCUUCACCUGCAUGGAGCUAAGUCCACCUGUUGCAAUACUUGAAUGCGUAAGUGCUCAUCUUGAAGAUUUUAAUCACUGCAGUGGUCACCAUCUCAGACCUGACUGCCACAGGUACUUACUGUACACACUGCUAUCUAUAAUCCAGUGCUUAGCAGGUUCUUGGUUAUGGUUAUCAACUAUCUGGGUAAAUUUUACACAGCAUCAACCUUAAAUUACAACAUGUACACAACAGCAAACUUUGGAGGGGUUUUAAGCAUUGCUACCAUCAGUCCAACCUACCUGACCAACCUAACAACCUACCCUAACCUAACUCUUCCUCAACAAUGUAGAACAUUUAUUUAACCUCAACAGUGUAGAACAUAUUUAAAAUAAUAUUUUUUUCUAGAAGUUUGGGUCCCAAAGGGUGAGCAGAAAGAAACAAUUUUUAUCUCCCAUUAUGCAACAAAGUCAUUUAGGGAAUUUGGUCAUAUUACUUAAAGCAGUGUCCAAAA